CUGCAGAACCACAAGCGUCACGCACACCAACACUCCCUUCAGCCCGAGACAGGUCGUGUUUCAAGGGCCUGCGAGACUAGGCACAUACAGUCCUAACACCGGUCAGCAUGCCUUUGAACUCCCUGCUCGGCCAAGCCGGCCUGAGACUUGGUCCUUUGCUACUCGAAACACUCGUCAAACACUAUUUCGAACGGAUAGUGGAUGAACGCGGGGACGGGGUAACCGACUUAAGCCGUCAAGAGUUGCUGUAUGAUCAGGCCUUCCAUGUCAUCAAGACCUUCCUCGAUGCCGCGUCGAAACAUACCGUUGAGGAACUGCAGGAGUUCUCUAAUACCCGGACACCAUCACCCCCGUGGACGCACGUCGUGCGAUUGCUCGUACCGAUCUCCUGCUGCGACGACGCGGCGACCUAUCUCAUCAAGGCGCUCGGAGGAGAGGAAGUGACGAAGCGUGUUGCGGGAGGAACGAAGUGGUGGCAGGUCCGUGGCGUCCGGGGCGUCGAUGCAGAGUGGAUCACCAUGAAGAAGGACUGGCAAGAGGCAAAGAAACGUAGCAAGGCUCAACGAAAGGGGACUAGAUCGCGUUCUCGCCCACCUGUGAGCGGCGAGGCUCACGCCGACGAAGACAAGCCGGCCACCUAUGAACCGGAGAUGGACAAGAUGCGAUGCAUUCUCUACGCACAUGGCGGCGGGUACUAUUUCGGUAGCAUAGACCAAGAGAGGUACAGUCUUGAGCGAUAUGCGCGCAAGAUUGGCGGUCGUGUAUUUGCAAUCAAUUACCGCCUUGCGCCGCAAUAUCCCUUCCCUUGUGCCAUCCAGGACUUCCUCGCAGCUUAUCUCUUCCUCAUACGUCCACCGCCAGAAGCAUCCCAUAGUCCUGUGGACCCAGCUCAUAUCGUCGUCGCUGGUGACUCAGCAGGCGGCGGGCUGACUCUCGCGCUGCUGCAAGUGAUCCGCGAUUCGGGCCUCCCACCGCCUGCGGGUGCCGUGCUGAUCUCACCUUGGUGUGACCUGACGCAUUCUUUCCCUAGUGUACACCUCAAUACUGCUACAGACGUGCUCCCUCAGUAUGGCCUCUCCUUCCAUAGACCGAGUAUACUCUGGCCUCCCCCGCCGAACGAGCUAACCGCCGAGGUGCAGAAUAGCAUCCGCACGCGCGUCCGCGAGGUCGUUCAUUUGGGCCACUCCGCCGUUCCUGUCAUGUCCACACCGUCCAGUCCCUCCUCACCGUCGCCCUCUGACGCCCCGCCCGCGCGGCCGUCGCAUGAGUUCCGUACGUCAUCGGGCGAGACAAUCCACUUGGGCUCCACCGCGGACCUCCCGCGGCCUCCGCCGUCGACGGCCGUACGCGAGCAAACAAUCACGCUCCAGACGGAGAAGGGCGAGGUGCUGAAGAUCGAUCAGCAGGUCCAGUUGUAUGGCCCGAAUUAUCUGCUGAGGCACCCACUCGUGAGCGCGGUCACUGGCUAUCUAGGUGGACUCCCGCCCUUGUUCAUUAUCGCGAGUGAGAAAGAGGUCAUCAGGGAUGAGAUUGUAUAUUUAGCGCACAAAGCGGCUUAUCCAGAAAGGUUCAAGAUCAAGGACGAGGUGCGGGAGCUAUAUCCAAUCCUGGAAGGCAUCGAAUCUCGGUACGGUCCGACCAAGGUGCACUUACAAGUGUGGGACGAUGCUGCACACACGCUGCCAACCCUCUUCUCGUUCACGACGCCCGCGAAGUACUGCUAUCGUGCAAUAGCGACGUUCUGCAAACAUGCCACGGGAAUGCUCCCGCCGCCGUCCCAGAUGCUGUCGCCGAACGAUGUUCCGCUGACGGCGUCGCCGACAAGCAGCCCGCCUAGCUCACCCCUGUCGCCUGGCUUCAACCUCCCGUUAUCUUCGUCUGGGUUCGCUGCAAGUCAGUCAUCAUCCUCGACGAUACACGGGCAUACGUAUCCCGGGACAUCCGACGGGACUACAAGUGUAUCUGGCCGUGGCUCCAGCAGGACGAGAAGUGGAAGGCGGGCUGUCAGCACGUUUUUCCAUCGACAUACUUCACAUUUGUUCCCCGAUCACGGGAAGGAUGGGACGGACUCCGACGUCGCUGGGCCCAGGUUCGGGCACGAUGCAUCAAGCAGUGCAGAGGGUGUGAGACGUGCGGGAGAACCUUCGGUAUACGACGAUGGCAUGGACACGAUGAUCCGCGAACGCGUCUCCACGAACGGGGUCAUCCGCCCCCUCGAACCCGAGCCUGAGCUCCCUGCGCUGCAGAUGCCAGAGGAGCUUGUAGGCGAGGUUACUGAGCUCAUCAUGCGGCGGUACUAUGCCGGCCGGGAGGAGUUCGAGCGACGGUUCGCGAAGGUGUACAAGGCGGUUGAAAAGGAGCGACGCCGGAACCUCUCGCGCCACGCUCAUGAUGCCAUGCAGCACAUGGCACAGCUCCAGAUGGCACUCACGCCUGAGGGCAGCGCGCACACUGAGAAGCAAGAGAAGCAAGGCAAGAAAAAGAGUACAUUGCACACGCCGAAGGGCAUUCAUGAGGGCCUGAUCAGUGCGGGGAGCUGGCCGUGGGCUUGGGCGCUCGACGUCGACGAGGCGCCCCCGCCCAGUAGCAUUGUCGCGAGGAGAGACACGGAGGAGGCGCGACGGCUCAUGCGCAUUGCGGACCAAGCGUUCCUGAUGGACGAGCAUACGAUGAGCGGGAACCACCUGUGGAAUGUCAUCGUCGAGUUCCUUACGAAGUCCCCGGACAAACACGGCCGUGGACGCGAUUCCAAGUCUGUGGAGAAGGGAGAAGGGGAGAAGGACGCGGCUCGGGAGGAGCCGGACACACGACCGUCAAGGUUUUCCAGGUUUCUGGCUAAACGUCGUGGUCGCAGUAAGUCUGCGGAGAAGGCUUCGUAGUAUUCCAUCAGAAGAUGCUCAGGAAUUACUUUGUACCAAUACCGAUUACACUAGAACCAUAAGGCUCAGCCUGGACAAUGCCUUUUUCUAUCUCUCACGAUCUACGCAGAACCGCGAUCGCUAUGCCAUUUCAGCCGCGACAUGAAUGGGAGAGAACGAGAGAACGAGGUAUUCGGAUGACCAAAGUUGAAGGUAUUCACCA